GUUUCAGAGAGCAGUAGAGAACAGUUGAGAGCAGAUGUCAAACAAACAGUCCUGUACUGCAGGCUUUAUGCUUUAUUUUCGACUUUGAAGACUUUGAAGGUCUAAACCUUUUUACAAAAUAUACGAUUGAUCCUUCACUAAAUAGACCUAAACUACACUAGACGCUUGGGACUCUUUUUUCAUCAAGGAUUAUAUCAUGUUAGCUAUCUGCUAAGCUAACCAGCAAAAAGCAAGAGCAGAAUAGUAAAAAGGUUUAACAUUCAGUCUGCUUACAAAGGAAAGUGAGCCAUUACAACUGCAGACCAGAAAGACAUUCAACAACAUAUCAUGGAUGAUCAAAACCCUAAACCUGAAGAUCGAGGUGCACCUUCUGAACGCUCCAGUCGUACAAAUCACUCUGGCAGCUCUAGUCAUGGAUCACACGGUUUGGCUGUCAGAGCAAGAGCCAGAGCCGAAGCUGCAAGAAUCAUGGCUACAUUUGCGCAAAGACAAGCAAACAUGCAAAUCGAGCAGGCACGGAUUGAAGCUGAACAAUCAAAGAAAAAAGCGGAGAUCGAAGCUGAACAAUCAAAGAAAAAAGCGGACCUCGAAGCUGAACAAACAAAGAAAAAAGCGGAGAUUGGAGUGGAACAGCAAUGUAGAGCAGCUGAAGUACAAGCUAGCCUUGACGCGCUGAAGGUAUGGACUGUUGCUGCAGCAGCAUGCGCUGAGGCCGAAGUCUUGGAAGCCUAUGAGGAUGAAGUCGGAGAGCCUUCAAGGCAAAGUGUAACAGGUUUGGCUCCCUAUUCCUCACAGCAAAGCACUAGGGAAUAUGUGCAACAACAUUCUGUGGAUCAUGGUCAGCAACAACUCCGGCAUCCAAUACAAAAAGCCCUUUAUUCACCAGAGCGCCAGCAGUACAUGGGCAACGGUGAUUACGUCUUAUCGCCAAAGUGCCAGCAAUACAUGGACAACGGUGAUAUGGAAAUACACGGUAUGGAUGUAAGCAGUUGUUCAGAAAAAAGCAACUCUUUUCAUUUUUUGCACAAAUGGCAAGAGGAACGCCAGAGCAGACCCACCACCCACAGCCGACAACGCCGUGGAAGUCCUGUGAAAUUCCCUCAAGAAAGAUAUUUCACCCACCAACUUCACUUCGCACGCCACCGAGACCAGCAGCCUAGCCACCAAGGUGCAUUUAACUGCAUGCCCCCAUGUGAUCAAUCAAACUUAGAACAAUACCUCAUUCGCAAAGAAAUAAUUAGCACUGGUCUCCUGUUGUUUGAUGAUAGACCUGAGAACUACUGGGCAAGGAAGGCUUCCUUUAUCAAUGCCACUGGCAGCUUGAACCUCACCUACAGCCAGGAGUUAGAUUUAAUGUCCAAGUGGCUGGGACCAAAGUCUGCGGAGUUGGCCAAACGAAUCCGUUCAGCCCACAUCCAUGAAGCUAAAGAAGGACUCUUUAUGUUGUGGAAGAGGCUGGAGGAAUGCUAUGGGUCAGCUGAAAUAAUUGAAGAUGCUAUGUUGAAGAGGUUAGAGGAAUUUCCAAGGAUUGCAAAUAAGGACAACCAAAAAUUACAGGAACUAGGAGAUCUAUUGCUAGAGCUGGAAGCAGCAAGAAGAGAUGGAUUCCUACCUGGACUUUCUUACCUCAACACUCCCCUGGGAGUCACUCCUAUAGCGCAGAAGCUCCCGAUAUACCUUCAGGAGAAGUGGAUCUCAGUUGGCUCGAAAUAUAAGGAAGACUUUCAAGUUCAAUAUCCUCCUUUUCACGUCUUUGUACAGUUUAUUCAAGACCAAGCAAAGAUACGAAAUGACCCCAGCUUUUCUGAGCUUGGUGGUGGUUCAAACAGGACAGAUAAACUACAGAAAGAAAUCAAACAAUCUGUGUUCACCAGGAAAACUGAUGUGUCCAAAGCAGAUGCAGGCAAGCAAAACAAGGAGGAGAAAAGGGUUGAAGAUCCAGACAGAGUGUGUCCUUUACAUAAUAAGCCCCAUCCCCUAAGAAAAUAUUAUGGCUUCCGCAACAAGAGUUUAGAGGAGCGGAUAGCCUACCUCAAAGAGAAACACAUCUGUUUCAAGUGUUGCGCCUCAACAAAACACUUUGCCAAGGACUGUGAUAAAACUGUGCAGUGCAAAUAGUGCGACAGUAGUAGGCACCCAACUGAUUUACACCCUGGCCCAGCAGUAAGAAAACCAGAGAGCUCUGCUGUCAUCAAAGAUCAAGGCGGGGAGCGAGAAGAGAAAGAGCCUCCAGAGGUCAAGUCAAAAUGCACGGAGGUGUGCGGGAAGGCAGUUGGCGCCCGAUCAUGCUCCAAAAUAUGCUUGGUCUGUGUAUACCCUGCAAGUCAACGAGAGAAAGCUGUUAAAGCAUAUGCUGUCUUCGAUGAGCAGAGUAACAGGUCGCUGGCCAAGAGUGAGCUAUUUGACCUGUUUGGCAUUGAAACAGGUGCCACUCCUUACACCCUUAAAACAUGUGCAGGGGUCAUGGAAACAUCAGGAAGACGCGCAAAUAAUCUUAUUGUAGAGUCAAUAGAUGGCAGUGUACAGAUCCCACUGCCAACAUUAAUUGAGUGUCAUGUGAUGCCCGAUGACCGUGCAGAGAUCCCCUCAGCAGAAAUAGCACAUCAUUAUCCGCACCUCAAGCCAGUGGUAGAUAAAAUACCAGCUAUUGAUCCUGACGCAGAUAUUGUCAUGCUUCUCGGCAGAGACAUCCUACGUGUACACAAAGUACGUAGACAGUACAAUGGACCCAACAAUGCACCAUAUGCUCAGAAAUUGGACCUCGGCUGGGUCUUUGUCGGAGACAUAUGUCUAAAGAGAGUCCACAAGCCAAGCAGCAUUAAUGUCUAUAAGACCAAUGUCCUACCUAAUGGACGGACGUCGUUCCUGAGUCCAUGUACAAGUGUUAUUCAUGUGAAAGAAAGGUUCGACAAGAACACACCAAGGUCACGUAAAGAGACAGGUCUCCUGGAAGAUGACACUGAUGAACUUGGAAGCAACAUAUUUGAGAGGACAAAGGAGGAGGAAAAAAUAGCAUGGUCUAUUGAUGACAAAGCCUUCCUUGAGAUCAUGGACAACAAUGUCUACAUGAAUGAUGCUAACACCUGGGUAGCACCCUUACCAUUCCGUUUCCCAAGACAACGUCUGCCGAACAAUAGAGAGCAAGCGGCAAAACGACUGUCAUCUCUAUGUCGCACACUGGAAAGAAAGCCAGUUAUGAAAGAACAAUACACAGAGUUCAUGCAGAAAAUCUUUGAGUCAGGACAAGCAGAGCUUCCUCCACCAUUGAAGGAGAAGCAAGAGUGCUGGUACUUACCAACCUUUGGUGUCUAUCACCCUCAAAAGCUGGAUCAAAUACACGUGGUGUUUGAUUCUAGUGCUAAACACGGAGGUAUUUCCCUCAACGACGUCCUCUUGAAAGGACCAGACCUGAAUAAUACCCUUCUUGGAGUCCUUAUUCGCUUCCGCAGAGAGCCAGUUGCAGUGUCCACCGACAUACAGCAGAUGUUUUACUGUUUCACAGUCUGGAAAGAACACUGUGACUUUCUAAGAUUCUUGUGGUUCGAAGACAACGACUUCACAAAACCAGUGACUGAAUACCGAAUGACAGUGCAUGUGUUCGGUAACAGCCCUUCGCCAGCUGUGGCCAUUUAUGGCUUGAGAAGGGCAGCUGAAGAGGGAGAGAGAGAACAUGGUACAGAUGCCAAGCAGUGGGCCUUGGACCAUCUCAGCGCGCAGGACAAGAGGUGGAUAUGCAGAGAAUAAACGCUGGGCAGUCAUGUUCACCUGUCUGAGUACACGAGCGGUACACAUCGAGCUCAUAUAGACAAUGUCAACCUCCAGUUUCAUUAAUGCCUUAAGGAGAUUCACCGCCAUCAGAGGGCCUGUGAGACUCCUGCGUUCCGAUCAAGGUACAAACUUUAUUGGAGCUUGCAGAGAACUGCAAAUAAACUCUGAAGACCCGGAGUUGAAAGCUCAUUUUCAGGACAAAGGCUGUACCUGGAUAUUCAAUCCGCCACAUUCCUCUCAUAUGGGAGGUGUGUGGGAAAGGAUGAUCGGCAUUGCACGCCGCAUUUUGGAUGCUAUGUUGCUUAAGGACAACUGUCGCCUCUCCCACGAGGUACUUGUGACACUCAUGAGUGAAAUCAUGGCAAUCAUGAAUGCAAGGCCUCUAGUUCCAGUAUCGUCUGAUCCUGACAU